AUGAUUGAAAGUAAUUAGCAAGAAAUAUAUUUGAAUUAAGAAUAUAAAGACAUUGAUUAGCAUUAAAAUAAAAUGAUCAACUCUUAGAUAACUAAUUUUGAUAGCUUAUUUAAAGAUAUGCUUUUUCCAUAAUUAAACUCUACUUAAAAGAGCUAAUUUGCAAAUGAAAAUUAAAAAUGGUGGUUUAAGCAGCAAUAUGCUUUCGGGAUGCUUAGAUAUUAAGAUUAAGAAAUUAUCAAAAUAAGUUUAUACAAGGACUUUAACCCUUAGACUGAUAUAUAAAUGUGCUUUAAAGAUAUUAAUAAUAUUAUUUAUAAAAUUACUUUAACACCUACAAUUUAUCUUUUACCUUUUGAGAAAGAUUUAAUACUAGUAUCAAAUGAUAGCGAAUAUGUUGCUUCGAACAUAGAAAUAUUUGGUAAUGGAGCAUUUGAAAUAUCAAGAGGAAUUUAAAUUGCUUUAGCAACUAAAAGAUUAACAAUUUAAGAUAUAGAAGAAAUGAUUGAAUCUUCUAUUUUACAAGAGCAUAGUAAUUCAAUUUAGCUAUUUAAAGAAAUCACACCAGCUUUAUGA